AUGUAAACACAGAGAAAGAUCAACGUAGACGAUCCAGUGCUGAAUUAGACCGUCCAGAGAUGUCUGGAAUAAAUCAGGUGAGGAUUAUGCUGAUGGGUCAGACUGCAGAAGGACAGAGGUCUGCUGGAAACAUCAUUUUGGGGAGACAGGCUUUCCCUGUUUUAGAAACACAGAAGAGUGAGAAGCAUUGUGGUUUAGUGGCUGGGAGGAACCUGGCAGUGAUCACCACAGCAGAUCUGUUUAACUCAAAUUUCUCUGAAGAGGAACACUCACAAAGGGUUUGGAGCUGUUUGAGCCUGUCUGACCCAGGACCCCAUGUGUUCCUGUGGGUGCAGCAGGAGAGGAAUAUCACACAGGAGGACCAAGACGCUCUGAGGAGGUUCAAGAAGUCUUUCGGUGAAGGAGCUUCAAGGUUCUCAAUGGUGCUGUUCAUGCAUGAAGACCACAGGGAAUAUGUCAGUGUUGGAGAUUCAGCUAGACCAGGCGAUGAUGCUCUGCAGGGCUUUAUUCAAGACUGUGGGGGCAGGUAUCACUUCCAUAGCCAACGAAACCAUACAAGUAUGAAUUUCAAACAGGACAGCAGAGAACGUGUGAGGAUAGUGCUGGUGGGGAAUACUGGUGUAGGGAAGAGUGCCACAGGAAACACCAUACUGGGGAGAGAGGCGUUUUCUUCCAAGUCCCAAAUGAGCUCUGUGACAAAGAAAUGCCAGAAAGAGACAGGAACAGUAGUGGGAAGAGGGGUAGCUAUAAUUGACACUCCAGGCCUGUUUGAUAGCACCCUGUCAACUGAGGACGCCCAGCAGGAAAUCAUGAAAUGCAUUGGGUUGGCAUCUCCUGGACCUCAUGUGUUCCUCUUGGUGAUAUCAGUGGGACGCUUCACGCAAGAGGAGAAAGAAACACUCAGGCUGAUCAAAAUGACCUUUGGUGACAAAGCUGAGAAGUACACAAUGGUCCUCUUCACCAGAGCUGAUGACCUUGGUGAUCAGUCCAUUGAAGAAUACAUAGCAAAUGGUGAUCCUGAGGUCAAGAAACUGAUUGAGGACUGUGGAGGAAGGUACCAUGUCUUCAGUAACAGAGAAAAGAGGGACAGUUGCCAGGUCAUUGACCUGUUUAAAAAGAUAGAAAAGAUGAACUGGGAUAAUGGAGGAAGCUGCUAUACUCAUGAGAUGUUCCUGGAGGCAGAAAUUGUAAUGAUACGAAUGCAGAUGUGGAAAGCGAAAGAGGAGGAGGUGAGAGACCUUCAGAUGUUACAGGCUAAGUACAAGUCAGAAAUUGAAGAUCUAGAAAGGGAAAAACAGGAGAGAGAGAGAAAUCUGGAAAAAUUACAGAGGGAGAAGGACAAAUUCAUACAACUGGAAGAGCCGGAGAGGACAGAACGAGGGGAGCAACACAGAAAAAGUAAUAACCAAGAUGAAGAGCAGGGGGAAUUACUGGGACACCUGUCACUUCUGGAGAAGAAAGUAGGAAAUGAGGAAGGGAGAGAAGGGGCCAGUGGAACAUGGAGGCCAGAGCAACAUGUUAUAGAGAGCCAGGAGGAUGGAGAGGAGGAAGAAAAAUGCAAACAAGAGAAAAAAAAGGAACAAGAUGAAGAAGGGAAUGAGAAACUGAUUGGAGGAGAGGGGAAAGAGAGAAGGGGGAGCAAAUUUAAAAUAUCAUUUAAAAUGCCUGAGAAAAUGAGGAAAUCAAAACAAAAGAUGAAAGAAAAGAAAAAAAGAGAAGAUAAUGAUGAAGAGGAAAAGAAAACAAGCGAGACCAAUAAUGCAGAUAAAGAGGCCGAAAAACCAAUCAAUGAUGUAGAAGUGAGUUUGACAGAAGCAGAGUACACAAAACUCAUAAAUAAAAUUACUCAGAAAUAUCAGGAACUUGCAAAGCAGCAAGCAGACGAGAUUGAAUCCUUCAUGUUGAAAUACUUAGAUCAUUUUGAAGCUGUGCAAAGAAAAAAGGAAAGAGGAUGUGUGAUAUAGUGAGCAGAUGCACAGCACAUGCACUGCCCAGUUUCAAGAAUGUGUGUUGGUGAAUGUGGUGACAGCACCAUUUCACUUCCAACUAAAACUGGAUUUUGGAAUAAUGAUAAAAUGUAGUGGAAAUCUGGAGGUGUUACGUAGAAGACAGGGAUUUUUUAACAUUAGCAUUUUUUUUUUUUUACAAGACAUUAAUGCUAUACUUGGCUAUGUAUAAAAGGUGCUGCCAUUUUUAA